CCCCGGCCGGGGAGACCGCUGGGGUGGUGUGUGUGGGGGGUCCGGGCUGUGUGGCGCAUGCGCGCUGCCGCCGCGCGCUCCCCCGGCUCGGCGAAGGUUCCGGAGCUCGCGCGCGCCCCUCGCCCCGCCCCCGGGCCGCCCCGCCCGCGCCGCUGUCAGUCGGCGCCCGGCUCCGGUGCGGACCCGCUGCACGGCAGGUCACUUUGCUGAGCGAUGGCGGAGCAGCGUCAGGACGUCACCGCAAUGGAGGAUCACGCAGCCGGCCAGGAGAAGCACAUCCCAUCAGGCUAUCCCCUUCAGAUACCAGUCGAUGAUGGAUCGGAUGAGCCUGUUUCUGAAACAUCUGACGCUAAGAGCACCCCAACUACGGAAGAUGCCACAGCACCUUUAGUGGAGGAAGGAGACCACGAGGAUCAGGGUGGUGUCGAACAGCACGGGGAGAUACCAGAAGGAACCACAGCUGAAGAGGCGGGCGUAGGAGCCACCCCCACCCUGGAGGACCACGCGGCAGGAGAUGCUGUUCAAGGGGAGCCAGGCUCUCCAGAGCCGCAGCCCGGCCCUCAGGAGCGUGUGGGAGACGCAAUAAAAAGAGAACACCAGCCCACCAGGCGGGUCGCUGGGGUUCUUCUGCAGCCUCUUCUGUCACAUGAAAUGAAGGCUUCAGCAGCGGCUCCCGCCAGAAUUGAGGUCACCAUCCCAAUACCCCUGGAUAUGUACCAAGGCUCCCGAGUUGGUGAGGACAACAGUGAGUUGUGGGAUCGUGGAGACAGGGAAGGCACCGGUGUGGGAGCAGAGCGGGGUCCUGCUGCGCUCGCUGCGGGGCUGGCAGGAGCAGCUGGGCCAUCUCCUUUGUGCACCAGAGCCCCGGUAAAAGAAGAUGCCAGUCGAUGGGAGAGAGAUGAGGACCGUGAUGUCGAUGAAACUUCUGAACAGGAUUUGCUUUCUCUGGUGGGUCAGCAUGUUUCGCCAGGACCUGAAAUGGGUUCGUGUCCAGCAGCAGCCAAGGAAAUUCCUACAGAAUAUGAGUUUGGAGAAAAAGAGUCCAAAGAUGUCCUCAGAGGCAUUCCAAGAGAGGCAUUUCUUACUGAAACUGAAUCACAUAAAGCAGGAGAGGACCAAGAGAAGAGUAGACAGCCAUUGCGGGGGGAAGAAGACACAGAUGUCACCCCAUCAGAGCCUUCUGAAAUCAUCUCCCAAAAAGAACCUGAGCCUGGGGACAGAGAAGAUUCGGCCCCCCUGUUAGAAUCAGCCAGACUCCCUGCGGAGUUAAAAGAUGGUGUGGAAGUCAAAGGUGCUCCUUUGGCAGACGCUGUGCCAGGUACGGGAGAAUGCUGGAUGCCCAAGAAGAAACCUUGUGCCCGUGUUGCAGACAGAGCCGUCAGUCGCGUCCCCCUCCUCAAAGGUCGCGUUGACAGCAAAGACAAGGAAGGGACUGGAGCUGAGGAAAAGAAACCGAAGAAAUCCUCACCUUCCACUGCCAACCCCCCAGGCGACAGACCCUCCAUCCCCCCCCAACGACACACCUCCUCUAGCACAGCCCCUUCGAAAACACCCUCCAGCCCUGCUUCCACCUCUAAACGAGUCCCUUCUGUCACAUCCCGACCUGCCAUUGCAAGAAUGCACGAAACAAAAGCCAAGGGCCCGGAGGUGAGAGGUGGCACGAAGUCGGCCGUGCCGCGGUCCGCAGCCGGGCAGGCGCAGAAGAACUCGACCAACGCCACGCGUAUCCCAGCAAAGACGCCCACGGCGCCCAAGACGCCUCCCAGCUCCGGCAGAAAGGAGCAGAAAAAACCACCUCCUGCAGCAGCGAAGUCUGAGAAAGGUGAGCAGCCAAAGUCUGGAGACAGAAGCGGUUACAGCAGCCCCGGCUCUCCCGGGACCCCGGGCAGCCGUUCCCGCACUCCCUCUCUGCCCACCCCACCAGCCAGGGAGCCCAAGAAGGUGGCAGUGGUGCGCACACCGCCCAAAUCCCCCGCGUCCGCCAAGAGCCGCAUCCAGCCGUCAGCUGCACCCAUGCCUGAUCUGAAAAACGUCAAGUCCAAAAUUGGCUCAACUGAAAACCUGAAGCACCAGCCCGGAGGUGGCAAGGUGCAGAUUAUUAAUAAGAAGCUGGACUUUAGCAGCGUUCAAUCCAAGUGUGGCUCAAAGGAUAAUAUCAAACACAUCCCGGGAGGAGGCAGUGUGCAGAUUAUUAAUAAGAAGCUGGACUUUAGCAGCGUUCAAUCCAGGUGUGGCUCAAAGGAUAAUAUCAAACACAUCCCAGGAGGAGGCAGUGUUCAAAUCGUUUACAAGCCAGUUGACCUGAGCCACGUGACAUCCAAAUGUGGUUCCCUGGGCAACAUCCAUCACAAACCAGGCGGUGGCCAGGUGGAGGUGAAAUCUGAGAAACUGGACUUCAAAGAUAAGGUGCAAUCAAAAAUCGGGUCCCUAGAUAACAUCAGCCACGUCCCUGGUGGAGGAAAUAAGAAGAGAGAGAAGGGCAAGGAAGACAAGACCCAUCCCCAGGCUGCUCGAAGCCCGAGCCCAGACCCCGCUGGGCUCCAGUGCCCCGGAGAGCCAGCUCCCAGCCUGGCACGUGGCUGGGCGGGGCACCAAUUGAGACUCAUAAGCUGACUUUCCGCGAGAAUGCCAAAGCCAAGACCGACCAUGGCGCUGAAAUUGUCUACAAGUCCCCCACCAUCUCUGGAGACGCCUCCCCGCGCCGCCUUAGCAACGUCUCCUCCACUGGCAGCAUCAAUAUGGUGGACUCCCCCCAGCUCGCCACACUGGCUGACGAAGUGUCCGCUUCGCUGGCCAAGCAGGGCUUGUGAUUGGGGCGCCGUGGUGGGCAAAGAUGAGAGAAGACAAGGAGAAAAAAAAAGAAACAAAAAUAAUAAUCUGGCCUUCUUCCUCUGUUCCUUUUACAGCUGCUUCCCCAUCCCCUAACUGGUUAAUGAUUUAACCUGCUUUUACUGUUCAUUCAGCUCUAGCUCCAGGACUUCAAAAAUCAGUGACACUAUGAGGUACAAAACCUCCUCUCCCCUUGCUCCUUGGAGCGCACAGCCUGUCCCCUUCCCCACUCCCUCCCCUCGUCCCCUGUGGUGUCCCUCGCUGUCCCAGCCCUGCCCAGGGCCGCUCUGCCCGGGGAGGGGAGCGGGGCAGCCCCAGCAGGAUGCUGACCCGAGCGUCCCGCAGCACGGCGCCGCGGGAGGGGACGUGACCUUCCCACGCUUGUUGCCCCAACAGUGCCAGGGCAGCACGGGCAGUGGGUGCUGCAGCCAGGGACUGCAGGGAGGUGCCCUCCUUUUUUGCAUUAAAUGCCUGCUGAUUUGAAAGAAACCUUUUGUUUUUACCUCUGCAAGCCGAGAUGUGUAUGAAGAUAACUGCCAGGUAUCCCCUAAACCCACUCCCAGCUCCGGCAGCUGGGGUGCUGGCGUGUCCCGGGCGGCCGUUCCCUUCUCCCAUGGCUGUGCUGGAACUGCUGAGUGGAUGAGUAGAGGCUUUUCCCCAUUCCUUUGGCAGCCCCUCGUGUCGUAGAGUAGAUGUGUCUGUAUAUGCUUGGACUGUGCAGGGUGAGUUUCCAUAAAUGAGCAUGUGUUUAAAAAAAAAUUAAAUGCUGUAAGUAGUUUUGAGCUGCCCCGUGGCAGCUCCACUGGCGCCCGGGACGGGGCCCGGAGCGGCAGCUUUGCUGAGCUCCAGGUCAGGCCCAGAUUCAGCACCACGUCUGCUGGGCACACAGUGGGUGCAGAGCUGCUGCCCUGCACUGUGGCGAGGGCCGUGAGCUGGGGGCUGUGUCAGGGCUCCCUGGGGCUGGGCACCUCCCAGGGCCUGGGGAUGUCACAUGGGAGGCGCUUGCAGCUCCAGGGCUGGGAUGGCCACUGGAUUUGGGUGCAGCGUGUAACAUUUUUGGGGUUGUUCUUGUUCUUUUCCUGCAAGGUCAGCUAAGAGAUGAUGAAGUGGCAGCUCCAUGGCUCCGCUGUUCUUUUGCCAUUGGCAGCGUUAGGAGACAACUGGGAGGGUGUGAGGGGAAGGUGCAAGGGAGGUUUUAGUUGGUGCAUGGUGGCCGCUCUCCCAGGGUCCCGGCCUGACCUUGGACGCCAGCGGCUGCUCCCUGGCAGCAACCCUCCAACCCCGAGUGCUCACCUAGUUUGGGUUUGCAGCAUGUUCCUGUCACGGGGUAUCUUCCAUGCAGCACGAAGCCCCCACGCUACCCCAGCACCACACAGGUGAAAAGAGCUGGGUUUUUGGCUGCUUUGCACCUGCUGUGGCAAUCUGGGAACUGUGAGGGCAUGGCCCGGGGCUGUGCUGCACCUGUGGCCAUCCCCACCUGCCCCUUGUGCAGCCAAAGGGCCUGAGGUGCCAUCAGUGCAGCUCAGUGUGCAUCCUCCUUCCCUGCCCCCCGCCCCGAGACGGAUCAGCAGAGUGGUGGGGUAGAGCUGGCAGCAACGGCGAGGGCUGGGUGGGGGGGCCCCAGCAGCAGGGAAAGCCCUGCAGUCUCUGCAGUCCCAGCUGUUGGCCGGAAUCCUGAUCUGACUGGGCUGGGCAUGGGUCCUCCCUGGGAUGGCGACUGGGUGCCACAGCAGUUUCAGGAGCUGUUACGUGUGGCAGAGCAGCGGUUCCUCCCUGGACAGGACCCACUCCCACCCUUGGCAGCCUGCUACACUGCAGCAGCUGUGGCACAUCCCACUCCAGCUCCACCAGGUUUCUGUGCACAGUGCUGGGCAGCCUGUCCUGUGCCAGAGGAGCAUGUCAUGGCUGGGUGUGGCAGUUUGCAGGGAGGGUGUCCAACCUUCAUCUCUAUAGCCCCAGGAGCUGCUUUACUGCUGGGGAGGGGGCUGAUCCAGCACCAACUCAUUGAGCAAAAGCUGAUGUCCAGCUUGUCAUUUGCUCUGUUUCAGUUGACUUUAUGAUUGUAAGACUCUGUACUCCAGUCUGUGACUAUCUUUGUAUUGGUGUAGGUGCCACUGCAGUAUUUUUGACCUCUGUAAAAAUGAGUAGGAGAACCACUGAAUGCCAGUCACCUCUUUUAAGCCUUUUCGGCUGCAGGUUGGCCCGAGCUGAGCUCGCCCAUCCCAGCCUGGCCCUGGUGCCGCCUGCCCUGGCCCCUCAGUGCGGCUCCUGAGGGACACGAUGCCUGAGCUGGGGGGGUGUUCCAGUGAGCAGCCCCUUCCCACUGCAAGUGUCCCCAGCCCCAUCUGCUGCCAUCCGGGCACCUGUCCUCUCCCAUGGGGGCUGCCAUGGAGGGGGGGGGGGCCAAGACAGCCCUUUCCAUCCACCACCGCUCCUGCUGACCCCUUCCAGCAGCCAGAGCCCCACCCCCAGCCCCAACUCUGCGUUCAGACCCAGGCCUGAGGUUACCAUGAGCAGCUCAACAGACUGACCCAUGGCUUUUCCUUUACUCCACACACAUCUUGGUCUGAAAAGGGUUAAAACCAGCACUGAUUUAAAAAAAAAAAGUUUCUGCACUCAAAAAAAAAGAAAAGAAAUCGCUUCUGAAGUGACGUCCCAGGUCGGACGCUGCGUGGUGCUGGCAGCCCCAUCCCACCGUGUGCCGGGGCAGAGAGGGAAGGUUUGAUCUCAGUGUACCAUUCUAGCUUAGCUUCUGUCUGUGAAUGUCCAUAGUGUAUCGUGCGUUUUAACAACUGGUUUACACUGUUACCGUAAAAGUGGAUUUGGAAAUAAAGUCAUUACUACGAUAA